UGUUGAUGAUAUCAAUAUUUAUAACUUAUGGUUAGAAACAACUUGUUCUAGUUUAUUACCUUAUUUUCAGACAUGAGAAUAAUUACAUUAAAUGUUAUCAAAAGUAUAUGAAGAUGGAAAAUAAAACUGAACUGUGACAUUUUCUUAAAAGAGGUAUGGCUUCUAACUUAAGCUCCUCUGUGUAUCAAACUUCUGAUUUGAUUCAUGACUUUGCCUGCUCUCCAUGUAAGGAUGAUGGAUUAAACAAUGAAGCACAGUUCUUCUGUGACCAAUGCAGGAAAUAUUACUGCAACAAUUGUGUAGCGCACCAUAACAAACUGUUCAGGACACAUUCAGUGCUUGGAAAGCAAGCUGUGAGCAAGUGGGUGGGGUAUGCAGGACUGAGCCCCAUAGAGAUAUGUGACAAGCAUGGUGACAAGAAACUGGAUAUGCUCUGUGAGGACCAUGAUGAACUGGGGUGCUAUGUUUGUGUGUCUCUCACUCAUAGAAUGUGUCAGAGUAUCAAGCACAUACCUGACAUAGCUGGAAAGGUUAAAAGCACAACAGAAUUCAAGCAGUUUCCUUCCAAUGUUAGACUGACAUCAUCCAAGCUUCAGUCACUGUCUGAUAAAACGCUACAAAACAAACAAUCUCUAAAAGAUGCUGGGAAGAAAAUACUUGCUGAAAUCAAGUCACUGAGGAAGGAAUUAAAUAACACAUUUGAUGAGUUAGAGACCAAGACAAACACAAUCUUACAAAACCAGCUCCAUGAUGCAGAUGAAUUUCUGCAAGAGGACAUUGACAAAUGUACCCAGCUCCAUGAAAAACUAAGAACAUUUCUAGAAGCCAUUCAAUCACAGCAAGAUGACACGUCUUACAUAGCAUACAGAAAAUGUAAGGACAAGAUGAGGGAAGCAGAAAGCCUGAUACAGGAAUUAUCCGUUAAACCCGACACAAUCCUAACAUUUCACUCUGAUCCGAGGAUUGAACAGUUCCUAUAUGGACUGAAAACACUUGGGGGAACCUUAGCGUUUCCAUGUAAACAUUCCUGGAAAUACAUUCCUACAAGUCAUGUUUUCAAUGUGAAAAACAGAUCAAAAUCCAUUGUUAAAAUGCAGAGUGAUGUACAUGAAUGUUUUAUAGGAGGUAUAUGUGAGCUGCCUGGAGGAGAGAUCCUCAUCACAGACAUGAAAAACUACAAAGUAAAGCUGCUGAACUCCCAGUACCAGGUGACCGCUACAUGUGACUUUCCUGUAAACCCAAAUUAUAUCUGUCACAUUGCUGGGAAUGAAGCUGCAGUAACUCUGGGUUACGAAGGUGUACACUUUAUUACAUUCACAGGCAGUACACUGACUGUUACAAGGAAACUGUCAUUUCAACAUUUGUGUCUUGGUAUCUCUCACCACAAUGGUAACCUCUAUGUAGGUUCUCUGACAGCAAUCUACCAUUACACCAUGUCAGGCCAGUUUAUUGGAAAGAUCUAUGAAGACAAAAGUUCCUUCUAUACAAUAAGCAGAUUCACAGUCAGUAGAGACGGCACAACAAUAUUCAUACCUACCUCUGAAUGCAAGAAGCUUGCAACAAUUGACACAAGUGGGAAUAUUCUGUCAACUCUUCAGGACCCUGACAUUGACUGGCCUAUUUCAGUUUGUGUGAGUGACAGUGGACAUGUGUUUGUCUGUUCACAAUCGUCAAGCAAAGUGACCCAGAUAGAUAAGGAAGGCAAACACAGCCUGGCCACACUGGCCAUACAGGCAGAUGGACUUAAAAAUCCUGAUGUAAUAUGGUUCACAAGGCAAACACACAGACUGAUUGUUGGAGGGGAGGUCAAUGAAUUAUCAGUGUUUGAGUUAGAGUAAAUCCAAAUGAAUAAUGAAAACAGCGAUGAUAGCAGCACUUAGCAGCACUUUACUUCAAAAUUUACAAGAAAUUGAAUACAUGUAUUGGUAACUAAAGUCACACCGAUUGUUUGACAAUUAAGAAAUCAGAUAAAGAAAAGAAAAUAUGAAAUUUGAUUUAAAAAUGUACAAAUAUAUAAAACAGAAUAAUCUGUUUAAUGAAUCUGGUAGACAUUAUGGGAUAAAAAGAGAAGAAUGCAGUUGUCUAUACUGCGAAUGUUAUAUUGAUGAUGAAUUUUAUUUUUGUUGUUAUGUCCUUUAUAUAACGAUAUAAGGAAUGGUUAUAUUGUAAAAUACUAGGGAUGGAAGCGAAUAUCCGAGUAUCCGGAUAUCACGCAAGUAUUCGGAUACCAAAAUGGGUAUUCGAAUAUUCGUUAAGAAUUAAAAUUUCAAUGAAAUAGCUUAGCAGAUACAUAGCAAUUGUUAUAAAACUUUUCAGAUGAAAUAUUUCAGGUGAUCAACAGUGUCUGUCGCGAAGCGGGUAUGUGUCACAAAUCGUCUGCUAAUUGGGUGUUUGCACAAGCCGUGAUAUUGUGUCCUUGUGCAGCACCCUGUGAAGUUCAAUGACCUUGUUUACAAUGACAAGUGUUGUUUUAUGAUCUCAGAUGUGCUUAAUUGACACUAAUUGGCACUAGUUGAUAUUAAACGGAUUGAUCAUUAAUCCAGGUUUAGUUUAUUGAUAAAUAAAAAAAAGUACACGCAUGUAAAUAAAGAAAAAUCAGAUGUUUUUUUUUUCUUCUUAUCUUUUCCGCAAUUAUAUCCUUCAUUACAAAACACCGCAGAAAUUGUAGGUAUUGCAUUAAAUCAAACAAUGUAAUGAAAUAAAAUUACAAUCGACUAUCAAAUAAUCAAAGCGUCAUUUAACAUGAAACCUGCUGAUAAAUAACAAACUCGAAAGCACGUGGCAGAAACCAAGCAACCACCUUGGCCGAAGUGACUAUCAAAUUCGCGAGGUGUUUAUGUGGUAUUCAUCAUGAGUUUUAUGACGUAAAAUGAGUUGUUUACCUUUGAUUAUAACAUUAUAAAUUAUUAAGACUGAGAAAGAAUGAAUGAAAAUGUGAAAUUGCCAUAUGACGAAUUAUAAAUCAAAUAACAGGAGGUGGGUGACAUAUAAUCGGAAAUUUACUUAUUAUGAAAACAAUUUGAUACGAGUAUCCAGAUAGUAUUCGAAUACUUGAUACGAAUAUCCGGAUACCGAUUUGGUAUCCGGUUUCCAUCCCUAAUUUAAAGGGAGAAAAUAUUUGAUGGCAGUUAUGUUUUGAAAUCAUUACAUGUCAUUAUCACUGUAUGAUCUUGUGUUUGUGUAUGAGACGGAGGCCUUUUGUACAAUAACUUUGUACAAUUGACCAUGCAAUGAGCAGACUAUAUUGAGAGGGAUAAUGUUAAAAGAACCAAGUGUGUGGAAAGCAUUUGCACAAAUAUUUAUCAAAUAUGUAUUCAGAGAAAAGGAGAGUGAAAUUUAAUAUUCCAAUAUGGUCGUCAUGGUUGCAAAUUUAAAAAAUAGAAAAUGUUUAUAAGGUAGUGAGCUGUAGUGUAAAAUUGAAAUAACUUAUAAUUGCAAGAGUGUGGUAAUGGCCAGUGAUGAGUGUUAAGAUUAGGGAGUUUACAUGGACAUAUUUGCAUGUGAAGAAAUAUGGUGCAAUGAGUGUGUAUAUAUAUUUUAUUGUAUUUUUAUUAUACACAUGAGUCCUGGAGUGGAGAAAUAUUGUUUAACUUCAACACAGGAUAUCCCAUCAUUUGUGACUGGGUACAACACAUAUUUGUGAUUAGGACAAUCCAAUAUAUGGUUUAAUGCACAGGAUUUCACAUUAAAAUAACGUUCAUCGAAAAUGUCGGAGACAUCCCGCAGACUAGUAUCAAGUGAUAUAAGAAGCUUGUGAAUAAAGGAUAAAUUUUAUAUAACAACAGGGAAUGAAUUUUGUAUAUGUUAUUGUAUAACUUCUGGUGAUGUUAAGAUUAUAAAACGUGUCUACGCUACUACAUUACAAAAAACAAUUUUCUUUAUUUUGUGAAUAAUUAUGAUAAUCUAUGUAAACAGUGGAAUAAGGUUCUCUGUUUACCAAAGACUAAGUAAUCGUGUGUUUUCAACAACAUGUAUAUUUAUUACCUUACACAACAAGAAUUAGUCCUAAUGAUAAAUGAAGUUACCCCACCAUUAAGAGGUCAAAAUACUGUAGUCAGCAUGUGCAUUUUUGUACGAAUAUUAUAACAAAAUGGUUUCUUUAUUAAGAUUUCACACUUUUUAAAGUGCAUGUCCAGUGUUUUAAGUAUAUGAAAUUAAUAAGCUUGUAUUGCAUUAAAGAAAUAAGGUAAUAGCCAAAUUGAUUUGAAUUAUGUUAUCGACGAAUGGGCCGUAACAGCAUUAAAUAAUCUUAAUGCUUAUCCAAUAAUAUUUAGACUGAAGAUCUUUUAUGCAUUCCAGCCCAGGUAGUUUUAUUUGACUAGUAGUUAUUGUAUGUAUAAAUAAAUUGAGUUGAGUGUUUGUUUAAUAAAUUCUUAUAGCCAGAGUUAUGGGACUUAAUUUACUUGUGUUUUCAGUAGAAAUGUGUG